CAACGCAUUGAAUCGGUAGUGAAUAUUCGGCUUACCAUGUCCACAAAUAAAUACACGCUGAUAAUUCUUUUGGCUCUGGGCUUGGUUCAGGCGGAGAGCCCGAAACCGAUCACGGAGACCUGUCUGACUUGCAUGUGCGAGGCAUUGAGCGGCUGCAAUGCCACGGCUGUGUGCGUGAACGGUGCCUGCGGCAUCUUCAGGAUCACCUGGGAUCAGUGGGUCGAUGCGGGACGACUGACAGUGCCGGGUGACACAGCCGUAACGGACAGCGCGUUUACCAACUGCGCCAACGAUCCGCACUGUGGGGCGGACACUCUCCAGAACUACAUGGUGAAGUACGGACAGGACUGCAAUGACGAUCAGCAGGAGGACUGCUACGACUAUGGCGCGAUCCAUUACAUGGGUCCAUUCAACUGCAAAGCCGACAUGCCCUACAACUACGAGAACACCUUCAAGCGGUGCCUGAGAAGGGCGCAGCGGGAACAGCAGCGACAGUCGUCCACAUAAUCCGCGGCUGGGAAACCAA